UUAUUAUUAGCCUAUCAUUAUUAACAUUAACACCUUUAUUUUUAUUGCGUGUCUCUGUGCUUUGGUAAUAUUGUUUGCCAAUAAGUUCCUUACUUUAAAAGACAGAAAGAAAGACAGACAGACUAAUAUAACGUAAUAUGCCUAGUAUUUCAGGUCUUGUGUCUUUGAUGUCUGCGAAGGUGUCUGUAACACUUGUUUUCACACCUGAUAAAACAAACGCCGCUUGCGCUGACCUUGCAUUUGCUCUGCGGCCCUCCGUAUUGAGAACAUGCGUUCCGCUCAUUUCAUUUUAUUUUUUACCUUACAAAUGCAGGUAUUCGGAAUCUUCUUUCAGUCACGUUUGGCUAAAAAGUCUGAGUCACAUCGCACGAGUGGAUCUCGCAGCAGGAUUGGAUAUCCGAGAAGUGCGGUGAUGUUGGGAAAUGCAACUCAAGAAGAUUCAAAAGAACCUUUGGGUAUAAGUUUGCAGGACAAUGCUAAGAUCUCCAACCCAGCAGUGAAUUCAGCUCACAGGUCAUCCUCUACAAACGCAAAAGGAUUCUGGAAUCAGUUCAUGUUUCGUGGAAAAUCAGACUUCAGAUACGUUCUGCCAAUUAGGAGCAUCGAUGUCCGUCAAGAAAAGUGUCGAGCACUCACUUUCUCUCAGAGGAUCUUCCAUGAAAACUGUGAAACGUUGGAGCUUCAGAACAACGUCUGUUUCGGAAAAUGUGACACAUCGCCCUCUAGUGGGGACGAAGGAGGCUCUCCUUGUUCUGUCUGCUCACCGGUUAUCAUCACUUCCAAGACUGUGAAACUAAAAUGCUCUGACAACACAGAAAUGAUAAAAGUUGUAAAAAUAAUAGAGGACUGUCAAUGCAAAACAAAAGAAGCGCAAUAUUCACAUCAUAACGGUCCCGUGCUGGUUGAUCCAAGCGUUCAUCAGUAGGCUACCCUCAAAAGCGAUAAAAUAUAGUCAACGAUAACUUGUAUAGCCUUUUGCACCAGCCAGUGUGCAUGCAGUGUUAAUACAGGAAUUUACUAUCACAACUAGAACAAAAGAUAAGCAAAAUGUAAAUAAAAUAAAACUAAUAAAAUAAAA